AAAUUACUUUGAAGAAAUGGAUCCACUGUGUUUUUUCAGAAGGUUCCGGUUAUACAAGGAAACAGUGUUGCAUGUAUUAUCGCAAUUAGAUGAUCUCAAUCUAAGACAAAUAUCUAUAUGAAUGCAUUCAUUUUAGGAAUCACAGCAUUUCACCAAUGAAUCAGCUUCUAUGCUGCUUAAGGUACUAUGCCAGUGCAGGUCAUAUUAGGCAAACUGCUUAUUUUAUGGGAAUGGAUGCAAGCACAGCCUGCAGAAUUGUUGGAAGGGUAUCAAGAACUAUAGCCAGCUUAUUCCCAAGUUAUGUCAAAAUUCACAAUACAGAAUCACAAUGUCAAUACUGCUCAAGAAGAAAUGAUUAAUUAUUUUGGAAAUCUUUGAAUGUUUCUUUUUCUCGAGUUAUAAUGCGAGGAAUAAAAUAUUUAAGUUAUAUUUUCCCUUUUAUUGUUUUU